AUGCGGUGCGUUCUGGUGAUCAUCUUAACCAUACAAUUGCUCGCCUUGGCCUUAGCCCAGGCUGAGAAAAAUCAGACAGAGCUGAAUCAUGUAGUUGAACGCGUCUUUUCGCGUCGAAAGCGCUUUGUACUCUUUCCCCCGGGCUCCAAUUUAAAGUUUACGGGACAGCUAAGCAAGGGAUUGAUAUCAGCGUUUCCCAAAGGUGUGUCCAUGAACAUUGAGCAGGCCUGCUACUAUCCCGUUCCCACAAAACGGGAGGAUGUCUACCCGAAGCGUUACAGAGCCAGGACGACAACAACGCAGAAGCCAAAGACCCCGACAGAGCCAACGUAUGUUUGGAUACCGGGUACAAAUUGGAGAUUCAAGGCUACGCCUUUGAAAAAACCCACACCGAUGAGGCUACACUCACGCAUCGAUGUCAGGCCCCCAAGGCCAACCUAUGUCGAUCCUGGAAGGUGGCAACAAUGGUCAAAGUACGGACAACGCUAUGAGAACUGGUCGCCGGCAGCACAGAAAUAUGAAAAGUACAGCCAGCCCGAGAGAUGGAGCAAAUGGACAACGGAGUCGCCUCAGUGGUCGAAACGAUGGCACAGAUCGGUAGUAGAUGGGGAGUAUUACGAUCCCGAGGUGACACCAUAUCAAGAUGUUAGGUCAGUCGCGUCCGAGCAUUUUGUAGAUCCCUACGAUCCAGACAUGGCACCGCACAAGCCUACGCACUAUCCGGAACUGGAACAUGUGGAAGACUGGCGACAUUAUAAUGGACAUCGCGAUCGUCGACAAUUGUUCGAGCAUUUCGAUGGGUUCAGUAAACUUCUAGGAAUCGAUACCAAGGCCUGUGUCCUUCGAGCAAUUUGUGAUAGUAAGCGUUUGCUCUUGCCGCAAGGAUAUUCUAUGAUACAGGACAUUGUUCGCCUGAUCUUCACGUUGCCCACCAUAUCGGGUGUGGAGGAUGACUAUAGCCGGACUAUGCGCCUGGAGCCGGACGAUUGCGAUCGACAGUUCCGCGAUUCGUGUAAAGUCAACAUUCUGGCCUGGCUGCUGGGCGGUAAAUAA